AUGGUGUGCGAAAAUAGGGAAGGCACCUCGACAAGUAAGAGUAUAUUUGAAGAUCCCAUCAUAGACCUGCAAACUUGUCAGCUUGUAAGUCAGGGAGCCGAAGCGAAAUUAUGGAAGGGUGUGUACCUCGGGCGUCCCACAAUCGUCAAGCAGAGAUUCAACAAAAAAUACCGCCAUUCCACCCUGGACACCAAGCUGACGUUGUCACACCUACAUGCCUUGCAGGAGGUAAGGAGCAUUUUGCGGGCUCGCAAGCUUGGGGUGCCCACACCAGUGCUCUAUUUUGUGGAGCAUGAAGCCAGUGCCAUCUACAUGGAGCUGGUCCAGGGCUGCUCUGUGAAGGCUGCACUGCUGGAAGGGAAGCUCAGUGAGGAAGAGAGGCAUGCUCUACUCAGGGAGAUCGGGCGAGUGGUGGCUCUCUUGCAUGAUGGGGGCAUGGUCCAUGGGGAUCUGACGACUUCCAACAUGCUGCUGAAGGGGAACAGCUCUCUGGUGCUCAUAGAUUUUGGUCUGAGCUCCAACACCACACUGCCAGAGGACAAAGCUGUGGAUCUGUAUGUCUUGGAAAGGGCAUUCACAAGCGCUCAUGCGGCCAGUGGGAACUUGUUCAAAGACAUCCUUGCGUCAUACCGGCAACACUCUCGCAUGUGGUGCCCAACACUAAAUAAGUUUGCAGAAGUUCGAAUGCGCGGGCGCAAGCGGACCAUGGUGGGCUGA